AUGGUGAACAAACAAUACAACGUGCAUAAUCCGAAGCUGCACAAAUCGAAGCCUGGGUCGGGUGGUGGGGCCGGAAGUGGCAGCAGUGGACACAGCUCCCCGUCCCCGCUGCGCAGUUGCUAUCCGAUCAUUUCCACGCGCCCGACCGGAGCCACCGACGAGGACGGCUUUUCCGUGGAAAGUGACAGCAACAAUCUGUCCGAUCAUCAGUCGGCAACGAGCGGGGUUGGCACGGCCGGGUAUGGUGUUGGUCACCCACGGCAGCUGCCACCGCCACCUCCUCCACCGACGCAUCGACACCGAGGCACGCAAAGUACGCAGCCUCAUCAACAGCAGCAGCAACCACAACACCAACCGCAGAACAAUUUAAAUGUAAGCCGCCGUUCGGCUUCCGCGGAGCUGGUGCGCGGACCGGAGGAGGACGACGAUGGGCUGUACGGACGCAACAUUCAGUUCUACAGCGAGGGCCGGGGAGUCGGCGAGACCGAUGUGGUGGGUGAAAGUGGACAUACUGGACGGUUCGGUCAUGGACACGGCGGCAAGGAGCUAACCAUCAGCGACAUUGGCCGAUUUCAGUACAUAUUGCAGAUGGAUCGAGAAGUGGGCACACCUUAUAGUGGUUACACGGCGGCUUCCACAGACUGUGCCAACACGUUGCCUUCAUCACCAUCACCCACCUCAAUCGGUAGCAUUCACAACCGGCAGAGUUUCAACUUCUGGAAGGCCGGUUCACAGACUCCCCUGUCCGCUUCAUCCUCCAGCAGUUCCUUCUUCCGGCCAAACCAGCGCUGCCUGCUAUAUAAGAUACUCAAAGUGAUCUGGCGCUACAUAAAGUGGCCGCUAGGGUUACUGAUGAUUUGCGGUUUACUAGGUCUAGUGGUGUACUUCCUGGUCGUGGAUCGUGAUAUCAUGAGUAGCGGUUUGUUGGGCGAAGAUGGUUACGAGGUGGAUGAGAAUUUGUCAAUCGAUUUUAAUGAUUUCACCAGCACGAAUGACCUGCACUUUGACCAUCGUUUCGCUCAAGGAGGCACCUCAAAGGAACCAAAGUCAAAGGAUCCACAAGGACCAGGCCGAACAGUGGACACAAAGUUUUCGUUCGGUCUUGACAACGAUCUGCUGGCCGUGUUUGGAACGCACGCCAAAAAACCUUCCUUUGAGUGGCCCACGACGGCUUCCACGACGACUUCGACCGACGCGGAACGUCAACGCACGGAGAGCACGAGCGAAGAGCUGCCGGCACUGGUGGUCAAGGUGACGGAUGCGCCGAUUCGCAAAACCAGCACCAUCUCGCUGAAGGACUACACGAAGGCACGCGUUGUGUUCGAUGAUGAAGACUUCCUCGACGCAGAUGACGGUCAAGGUCGUACACAGCAGGCACCGGUGCAUCCGGAAGGCACGACCAAAGCUUAUCAGCCGGGAUACUCUACCGACCCAGCAUCGGCAGCGAUUCAGGUGGGAUUCCGGGCCGAUCCGGCACGUGGGAUGGAGGUGCGGGGAUUCACCUCCGGCCAUCAGAACAAUUUUGGCGUCCCGAUCGAGGAGGACGAGCGCUUGUUGCGCAAGCUAAACGACCAGCUAAUGCAACUGGAGCACAAGAGAGAAAAAAAUGUUACUACUCCUUCGGCGACUACCGACUCAAGCCUCUACAGGACGAAGGUGUCCCCGACGUUACCGAUUCUGUCGCGCUUUGAGAUCACUACCGAAGGAUUGAAACGAUUUAACAUUUCCGAAGAAGGUAUUUGCCAAUCCACAUCGCUUUCGCUUUGCAGAGGAAUUCUACCGUAUGAUCUCACGGUAUCCACAAAUCGGCAACUGUCUCCACUCGAGCACGACCACUUCCAGUACUUGAUCAACUCUAAGUGUUCGGUGCGUGUUGCAGAAUUCGUGUGUCUCCUGCUGGAACCGGAAUGUAGACCAACACGCAUGGGGACACUAGCACCGUGCAAGCGAAUUUGCAAAUCUAUUCUGGAGCCGUGUGCCCACAUCAUUGCAAGUUCGGAAGCGUUAACGGCGACCUUCGAUUGCGAUAGCUACCCGGACUCAGACGAUCGGAACGUUUGCGAAGAUCCAACCCGAAUAGGCCAGUGCUAUGCCAACGAGUUCCGGUGUGCCGACUCUAGCUGUAUACCGCUGCAAUGGAAAUGCGACAACAUCAAGGACUGUCACGGUGGUGAGGAUGAGUCAGAUUGCAAGCAGUGCGAACGGGACGAGUAUCGAUGCAUGUCGAAUGAUAAGUGCAUUCCGGACAAGUGGCGUUGCGACCAGUACGAAGAUUGCCCGGAUGCAUCAGAUGAGCUGGAUUGUUACUACGACGAGCCAACGACAUUCCCGACGGCUUACGGUAGCCAACGAGAGUAUCCCUUCGUGCAAGUACAGGUUCCCAACAGUCCGAACGGUCGUCCGUACAUAACGAUUACAAAUGAAGAUCGUUCCCAUUCGGAAGGACAUCGAAACUCGCAGGAAACCGCUCCAUCUGGUGCACGGGAGUACGCUCACUAUGGCACCUCAGAAGAAGAUGAAGAAGGGGACAAGUACGAACCAACAGCGGCAGAAAACGCCCCAUUCGUAAAUCGACACCGGAAUCGAACUAAGGACGACAACGACCAUGCAACGCCUGAUAUUGCUGAAGGUAGGGAUGUGGCCACCACCGUUCGGUCGAGCGGAAAACCAAUCGAGGAUCAAACAGAAGCCGAAACAAGCCGUACAAUAUCGGUACCAAAGUCAUUAGUGAACUUUCAGGACAGCAAGGAAAUCAUGAUGACGUCCGAUUCGGAGAAUGAUUUCAAGAUCAGCAGCACCAGCCGGGACUUUCUAACGACGGCUCAUGUGUCCCCGUGUCCGGAGGGUGAGUUGCGCUGUGUUAGUGGUAUUUGUAUAACCGUCAGCCAACUGUGCGAUCGGGUCGCUGACUGUGCUGAUGGAGCUGAUGAGGCUGGAUGCACCUACAAGGAAUAG